GGAGAUGUUUAAUAUUCAGGUCACAUGACGAUGGCAGCAGGAGCAGCACCAGCAUCCCCGCUCUGCUGAAAUAGCCACUGGAGAAGGAAGGGAAGGAGAGAGGGGGGACAAGAGGACACAGGGAAGAAAGACAAAGGUAAAAGCAAGUGGAGCUUUGUAGCCCACCGUGCUGCUUCAUCAGCGUCAGGCUAGAAAAGUGGGGGGAGACCCACCCCCUCGGGAGAGGAUUCGGAGACAAAGGAAGCUUCAUGUUCAAAGGACCAGUGGACAGCAAAAACGAAGCAGCCAUGUCUGAGCUGGUGCCAGAGCCACGACAAAAACCAGUCGUACCAAUGAAGCCCAUGGGCAUCAACACCAGCUUGCUGGGCUACAUCGGUAUCGACACCAUCAUUGAGCAGAUGCGCAAGAAAACCAUGAAGACAGGUUUCGACUUCAACAUCAUGGUUGUAGGUCAGAGUGGACUGGGAAAGUCAACGCUGGUAAACACCCUCUUCAAAUCCCAGGUGAGCCGCAAAUCUUCAGGCUGGAACCGGGAGGAGAAGAUCCCCAAGACAGUGGAGAUCAAAGCCAUUGGGCACGUCAUUGAAGAAGGUGGUGUCAAAAUGAAGCUGACAGUGAUUGACACACCUGGAUUUGGAGACCAGAUCAACAAUGAGAACUGCUGGGAGCCUAUUGAGAAAUACAUCAACGAGCAAUAUGAAAAGUUUUUGAAAGAGGAGGUGAAUAUUGCAAGGAAGAAACGAAUUCCAGACACGCGCGUGCACUGCUGCCUCUACUUCAUCUCCCCUACAGGGCACUCCUUGCGGCCUUUGGACCUGGAGUUCAUGAAACAUCUCAGCAAGGUAGUGAACAUCAUCCCAGUUAUUGCUAAGGCUGACACCAUGACCUUGGAGGAGAAGACCGAAUUCAAACAAAGAGUGCGCAAGGAACUAGAAGUAAAUGGGAUUGAGUUUUAUCCCCAGAAAGAAUUUGAUGAGGACUUGGAGGAUAAAACAGAGAACGACAAAAUCAGGCAGGAAAGCAUGCCCUUUGCAGUAGUGGGCAGUGACAAGGAGUACCAAGUGAAUGGCAAAAGAGUCCUGGGCAGGAAAACACCUUGGGGAAUCAUUGAAGUGGAAAACCUCAAUCACUGUGAAUUUGCCCUACUUCGAGAUUUUGUCAUCAGGACCCACCUUCAGGACCUAAAAGAAGUGACCCACAACAUCCACUAUGAGACCUACAGGGCCAAACGGCUGAAUGACAACGGAGGGCUGCCCCCCAUGACUGUGGAGACAGAGGAAAACCACGAAAGUAACCUGUGAAAGAGCCUCCCCCUCCAUGGUCACUGGUGACUCUGGCCAGACAACCCAUCCCUGCUACCCCUGACUCAGCCACGGGCCUGUCUCUGCAGCACGUGGGAGUGAGAGGAUGCGAGUGUGAGUGUGCGGCGUGCGUGUGCCUCCCUGUGUGCCAGAUAGGGACAGGGCAUCCCCCCGGCCCUCCCAGAGUGUCCCCAUCCUUGGUCUGCUUGUGCACAGUGCACUGUCCCCCAGCUUCCCUGCUCUCCUUCCUGUGUCUCAGCUGUGUAUCUUGUCUGGGGGAAAUAGUGGUGGGGGGGAAGGAUUUCUAGGGGUGUGGAUUUUGGAGGGGGGAGGUGUGAGGCAUGCUAUAGUCCUGUUUUUAUCACUUGGACACAAGGCAAGGAGAGACUCUGGGAGAGAUGGUGGAGUCAAUGCAUGCAUGUUUCAAGAGAUGCCAGCAGAGAUUUCUCUUGGAUCUUCCAUGGGUGUAAAGGCAGCUGGUUGGUCUGAGGGCAUGGUGGCCUGGCAAUUAAUCCCCUUUUCUUGCUGUGGCUUCCCAAGGGAAAAUGACAGCUUGGAACAGGGUAGAUGAGAGAAGACUGGCACUGUUUUGUGGUUCAGAGCAAGUGACUGGUGGGAGGAGACAGAAUUAGUUCUUGGCCUGUAGCAUCUGUUUGAGAAGCAUCAAAGUACUUGGGGAAAAUGGAUAUAUUUUCCAAAAGAAGCAAAACCCGGGGGGAAAGAACGUGUUCCUGCUGCAGAGGAUGCAUUUGCCCUGCCCAGCAAGAAGGUCAAAAGCCAUGCUUGUGUCACAGGCAUUCGACUCUGUGCAGAUCAGACCAAGCUGUGCUGGGGUCACCCCAUGCCCCUGCUGCAGUGGUCUCUCUCCAGC